AUGAAGUGGUUACUCCUCGCCUUCGUAUGCAUCCAGCUCUCUGAUGCCGCCCUGACCAGAGUUCCUUUAUAUAAAGGAAAAUCUGCCCGAGAUAUUCUUCGGGAGAAGGGAUUGUUGGCAGAUUACCUCAAGAAUCAUCCCUAUGAUCCCUGCACAAAGUUCAAAGGUGCUUGUUCCAUUGGAACUUUGGCAUCACUGGAGCCAAUGACCAACUACAUGGAUCUGUCAUACUAUGGAGCCAUCAGCCUCGGUAACCCCCCACAGAGCUUCACAGUCGUCUUUGAUACUGGCUCAUCCAACCUCUGGGUCCCGUCAGUCUACUGCGACCAGACACCAUGCGUGAAGCACAACAGAUUCAACCCAUCCCAGUCCUCAACCUUCCACACAGAUUAUCAGUAUCUGUCCAUCCAGUAUGGGACAGGAAGUAUGACCGGUAUUCUGGGAUAUGAUACUCUGAGACUUUCUGAUCUUGUGGUCAAUGGACAAGAGUUUGGAUUAAGUAUGACUGAACCCGGCAGUUUCUUUACCUACUGUAAUUUCGAUGGUAUUUUGGGCUUGGGCUAUCCAUCACUUGCGGCAGAAGGAGCCACUACAGUCUUCGACAACAUAAUGUCUCAGCAUCUGGUUUCGCAGCCACUCUUUUCUGUCUACUUGACAAGGACAAAUGGUGAGUCUGGAAGUGAAGUCCUGUUUGGUGGAAUUGACUCAAGGCACUACACCGGCCCAAUCUACUGGCUCCCUGUUACCCAUGAGGCCUACUGGCAGAUUGAGGUCGAGAGAGUGACAGUCAACGGCGAGAUUGUAGCUUGCGCUCAAGGUUGCCCUGCCAUCGUUGAUACUGGAACUUCUCUUAUCGCUGUUGGCGGAAAUUACAUCGGCAAUAUUCAGCAAAGCAUCGGAGCAACUCCAAAUUAUUAUGGCCAGUACUCCAUCAAUUGCAACAACAUUGGCAAUAUGCCUGAUGUGAUCUUCACCAUCAAUGGAUAUGACUUCACUCUUCCUGCCUCAGCCUACACACUGAAGCUCAGUUACAAUAGCUGCGACAGUGGAUUUAGCGGCACUGGUGGAAACCUCUGGAUUCUGGGAGAUGUCUUCAUUAGAGAGUAUUACUCCAUCUUCGACAGAGGAAACAACCGAGUGGGAUUGGCUAAGGCCGUCUAA